AUGGCUACGCCCCUGGUGGCGGGUCCCGCAGCUCUACGCUUCGCCGCCGCGGCUAGCUGGCAGGUUGUGCGCGGACGCUGCGUGGAACAUUUUCCGCGAGUGCUGGAGUUUCUGCGAUCUCUGCGUGCUGUUGCCCCUGGCUUGGUUCGCUACCGGCACCACGAACGCCUUUGUAUGGGCCUAAAGGCCAAGGUGGUGGUGGAGCUGAUCCUGCAGGGCCGGCCUUGGGCCCAAGUCCUGAAAGCCCUGAAUCACCACUUUCCAGAAUCUGGACCUAUAGUGCGGGAUCCCAAGGCUACAAAGCAGGAUCUGAGGAAGAUUUUGGAGGCACAGGAAACUUUUUACCAGCAGGUGAAGCAGCUGUCAGAGGCUCCUGUGGAUUUGGCCUUGAAGCUGCAGGAACUUGAACAAGAGUAUGGGGAACCCUUUCUGGCUGCCAUGGAAAAGCUGCUUUUUGAGUACUUGUGUCAGCUGGAGAAAGCACUGCCUACACCGCAGGCACAGCAGCUUCAGGAUGUGCUGAGUUGGAUGCAGCCUGGAGUCUCUAUCACCUCUUCUCUUGCCUGGAGACAAUAUGGUGUGGACAUGGGGUGGCCGCUUCCAGAGUGCUCUGUUACUGACUCAGUGAACCUGGCUGAGCCCAUGAAACAGAAUCCUCCUCAGCAACAAAGACUAGCACUCCACAAUCCUCUGCCAAAAGCCAAGCCUGGCACACAUCUUCCUCAGGGACCAUCUUCAAGGACGCACCCAGAACCUCUAGCUGGCCGACACUUCAAUCUGGCCCCUCUAGGCCGACGAAGAGUUCAGUCCCAAUGGGCCUCCACUAGGGGAGGCCAUAAGGAGCGCCCCACAGUCAUGCUGUUUCCCUUUAGGAAUCUCGGCUCACCAACCCAGGUCAUAUCUAAGCCUGAGGGCAAGGAAGAACAUGCGAUAUACACAGCAGACCUAGCCAUGGGCACAAGAGCAGCCUCCACUGGGAAGUCUAAGAGUCCAUGCCAGACCCUGGGGGGAAGGGCUCUGAAGGAGAACCCAGUUGACUUGCUUGCCACAGAGCAAAAGGAGAAUUGCUUGGAUUGCUACAUGGACCCCCUGAGACUAUCAUUAUUACCUCCUAGGGCCAGGAAGCCAGUGUGUCCUCCAUCUCUGUGCAGCUCCGUCAUUACCAUAGGGGACUUGGUUUUAGACUCUGAUGAGGAAGAAAAUGGCCAGGGGGAAGGAAAGGAAUCUCUGGAAAACUAUCAGAAGACAAAGUUUAACACCUUGAUACCCACUCUCUGUGAAUACCUACCCCCUUCUGGCCACGGUGCCAUGCCUGUUUCUUCCUGUGACUGUAGAGACAGUUCUAGACCUUUGUGAUAGAACUAAAAUGCUCUCUGUACUCUAGUCUCCUGCCUCCUCAGCUCUGCAAGUAGUUUAGUAGGAAUGAAGUGGAAGUCCAGGCUUGGAUUGCCUAACGACACUGCUAAAAAUAUUUGUAAUCCUUAAUAAUUAAACUUUGGAUUUGUUAAAA